CUCUGUUCGUCAGCAACGUUCUGGAGGAAGCCGAGGCUGUCCCCGUGCCUUUGUCCCUGGACCCGGCUGGCUCUCUGCUCCUGCAGGCCCUGGUGCCCUCUGCCUCGCCUGCCGGCUUGUGCCGCCUGCUGCGGGCCCUGGCCCCCUCCCUGCGCCUGGUGGCGUGCCACUCCUGCGGGGCCCACAUCCUGGAAGCUGCCCUGCUGAGGGCCCCGCUGUUGAUCCAGGAAGGAGCGGAGGAUUCUGGGACGCUGGAAGACCUCGUGUUGGAGCUGGGCGGGAGCGUGCAGGAGGAGCUGUCGGCUUUCGCGUUGGACGCCCACGCCAGCUUUGUGGUGCGGACUCUCCUGCAGGCUCUGGGAGGGGCCCGAGUUGGUUCAGACGGGGGUCGGGGGCUCCAGGUGUUAGGGACUUCGCAUUCCAGAACCAAGCAAGCCAAACCGGGAAGCGAGGGACCUGCGGACUUUGAGGUCCCCGAAUCCUUCUUGUCCCUCCUGCAGGGAUUCGGCGAGAGCUUCGGGGAGCUUAUUUCCGAGUUCAUCGCCAACAAAUUCUUCAGCCUCUGCCUCCAGGUGGCGCUGGAGGUCUUGCACCGGAAGUUGCCCGAAGCCUGUUCCCAGUUGUGUUGCUCAGUGAUUGGCUACCUGAGCUCUCGCAACCCGGCCGCCGGGCAAAGUUAUUUGGAUUUCAUUGAGUUCAUCGCCAACAAAUUCUUCAGCCUCUGCCUCCAGGUGGCGCUGGAGGUCUUGCACCGGAAGUUGCCCGAAGCCUGUUCCCAGUUGUGUUGCUCAGUGAUUGGCUACCUGAGCUCUCGCAACCCGGCCGCCGGGCAAAGAGCAGACUGCAACUUCACUCUGCAGCGGCUCAUCCAGGCCGCCCCCCGCAAGCUGCUAGGAAAACUCUUUGAAGAGCUGAGCCCCGGCCUGGAAGAAAUCUUGGCUCUGGAGCACCUGGGGGUGGUCACGGCCCUCCUGGGGGCCUGCCGGAAGCAGGGGGCUCACCAGCAGGAGGUGCUGCAGGGACUCAUGGAGGCUUUCCACUGCUGGGAGCCCCCGUCCCGCCAGCUGGCGUGCGCCCCCCUCUUUGCCUCUCUGCUGGCUCACGAGGUGUAUUACGGUGAAGAGGAGGAGGAGGAGGAGGAGGAAGAGACGGUGUCACAGGACCAGGCUGACCCUUCCCCUCGCCUGAGCUCCGUCUCCUACCACGGCUCCUUGAUGCUCCAGCACUGCUUGCAUUUUGCCGACCCCUCCGUCGUGCUGCACAGCCUGGCCGCCACGCCCCCCCAGGAUCUGGUCACCCUGGCCUGCGACCCGGCGGGCAGCCACGUCUUCGACGCCCUCCUGGCCAGCCCCUCCGUGCCCGAGAAGCAGAGGCGCAAGGUUCUGCGCCUGCUUAAGGGCCACUACGUAUCUCUGGCCUGCAGCAAGCACGGGAGCCGUGUCUUGGAUGCCAUCUGGAGCCGGGCCACGCUGCCGGCCAAGCGAGAGAUGGCCCAGGAACUGGUGGAGCACGAACAGAAGCUGCGGAACGACCCCUUUGGCCACCACCUGGUCCGCAAUUUUGCCCUGACGCACUUCCUCAAACGCCGCCGGGACUGGGACCGGCUCCAGGAGGCAGAGAAGAAGCGGAGGGAGCUUUUUGCCGAGAUCUUGGAGGACUGACUUGGACGGGGCGGGCCCUCUCGGCUGGAAGACUGUAGCGGGUUGCCUUUGGCAAUGGAGGGCUCUCCCCCAGGAGGUGCUACAGGAUUGUGUUCCUUGCAUCUCCUCACGGCAAAGACUUUGGAGGACUUGGCCACCAGGGGGUGCUAGAGGCAUCCUUGUAUUUGCUUGUCUACUCCCUAAUGGAAUUCCCUCC